CCUCAGCCAGAGGUUGUGAGGGAGUGCGGCACCAGUGACUUACACCUGUAGCAACACAAACAACUGUGGAGAACCACCGCCAUGAGGGCAGUCAUAGUUGUUGUCGUGGUGUUCGUCGUCCUCAUCCUUGCUCAAGGGAGUACCGGUGGGCAAGGAAGAAGUAAGGUUGAACGUGGUCAUGAAGAUGGCAAGCUUGGCAACAGUAAUGGCGUAACAUCUCACCCAAUCAAGGGUGGUGGAAGAGAUGGCCGACGCGAUAAGAAAAGAACGAGGACAAUGAGAGAGGGACCGUGUCUGUCUGGUGGUGGAAAAUGUGUUGAUGAGAAGGAACGCAAAUCAUGCCUGAGAGUUCGACGGGAUGCAUCCUGCCCCAUCUCUCAACCUGUUUGUUGCGUGGUUACUAAAGGGAACAAGAUAAAUGGGGAACAAAGACUUUCAAAGGUAGAUGAGAAAAGAAAGAAACACCCAAAUAAAAAUAACAUGAACAAGAAAUCGAAUAAAAAACUUGAAAGGAAAAAGGACAUAAAAGAAACAAAGGAAAAUGCCAAGAAUGAAAUAGGCAAAAAGGAAAGGCAUGAGAGCAAUAGCAAAAGGAGAAAACAAAACAAAAAUCACAGAAACAGAGAAAAGCAAAGCGAAAAGAAAGAAAUAAAAACACGUGGAGAUCAAGAAAAAAAUAAAUAUGCAAACAAAAAGAAUAAGGAAGCAAUAAAUAAAAGUCCAAAGAAAGCAAUAGACACAAAAGGGCAGGUUAGGAAAAACAAAAAACAAAAUAAUGGAAACAACAGUAAAUACAAAGAUCCAACUAAUAUUAACGAAUAUAAAGAACUAAAACAAACAGAUAAAAAUAGACAGAAACAAACGGGGGAAGGCAACGGAGAGAAAGUUACAGGCAAAAACACAAAAUCAUUAUCUAAGAAAGAAAAGUCCAAGAAAAAACGCAAACAACAAAAAUCAAAAGGCUCAAGUAAACAAAAUUCAGAAAAAACGAAACCUGGUAAGAAUGAAAACCAAGCAAAAGAUGAAAAGAAAAAGAAGAAAAGAAACAAAAAGAAAGUACAAGGUGGAAAGAAAAGCAAUUAUCGAAAAAAGUUAGAGAAAAUGGGAAAGGAAAAGGAGAGCAAGAAUAACGACGAUAGUAAAAUGAACAAUGAGAAGGAAAAGUCAAAGCAGGAUGAAAAAACCCGCAAGAAGUAUGUUAAAAAGGAAAAGAAAGACACGAAGAAUAAACAAGAUAAAAAGGAAAAUAUCGAUACUAAACCAAAACAGAUACAAAGCGUUAUAAAAGCCAAGAAAGCUGAUCAAUCUAAAAGAAAAUGUAAAAAACAAUUUAAAAAAUGUACGAAUCAAGGAGGACAGUGCAAGAGUACAAAAUCAUGCAAAACAAAAUUGGUCGAAGGAUGUAAGGGAGCUUCCUGUGGCUGUUGUUUAUCUGCAUGUGCAGUAAAGAUCAGACCUAAAUGUAAUAAGUUCCAAGGCGUAUGUAAAAGCAAAUGUGGCUCGAAAGACCGAGUGAUACCUGGCGGAUGUAAGGGCAAGAAAUGUCUCUGCUGCGCCAAACAAUGUAAGCCAAAAAAGAACUGCAAGAAUGCAAAAGGAAGCUGUGUUGCAAGUAAGCGUGACUGCAAUGGGAAGUUGAAGAAGAGUUGGUGUAAAGGAUCCCAAUGUUUCUGUUGUAUACCGAAAAUACUUCCAGUGACGUCAACACAAGCCCCAACACAACCUCCAGUAACGUCAACACAACCUCCAGUAACGUCAAUGCAACCUCCAGUAACAUCAACACAACCUCCAGUGACGUCACCACAACCUCCAGUAACGUCAACACAACCCCCAGUAACAUCAACACAACCUCCAACACAAUAUUCAAUGGUAACUCAACCUUCAGUGACGUCAACACAACCCCCAGCGACGUCAACACAACCUCCAGCGACGUCAACACAGCCUCCAGCGACGUCAACACAACCUCCAGUGACGUCAACACAACCUCCAGCGACGUCAACACAACCUCCAAUAACGUCAACACACUCCAGUAACGUCCACGACGUCAACACAACCUCCAAUAACGUCAACACAACCUCCAGUAACGUCAACACAACCUCCAGCGACGUCAACACAACCUCCAGUAACGUCAACACAACCUCCAACGACGUCAACACAACCUCCAGCGACGUCAACACAACCUCCAACACAACCUUCAGUGACGUCAACACAACCCCCAGUAACCUCAACACCACAAGUACCACAUCAACAACUUCAACAAGUACCACAUCAACAACUUCAACAAGUACCACAUCAACAACUUCAACAAGCACCACUUCAACUAGUACGACAUCAACAACUUCAACAAGUACCACAUCAACAACUUCAACAAGCACCACCUCAACAAGUUCCACAUCAACAACUUCAACAAGUACCACAUCAACAACUUCAACAAGUACCACAUCAACAACUUCAACAAGUACCACAUCAACAACUUCAACAAGUACCACAUCAACAACUUCAACAAGUACCACAUCAACAACUUCAACAAGUACCACAUCGACAUCUUCAACUAGCACCACUUCAACAAGUACCACAUCAACAACUUCGACAAGCACCACUUCAACCACAUCAACAACUUCAACAAGCACCACUUCAACAAGUACCACUUCAACAACUUCAACAAGUACCACAUCAACAACUUCAACGAGUACCACAUCAACAACUUCAACAAGUACCACAUCAACAACUUCAACAAGCACCACUUCAACAAGUACAUCAACAACUUGAACAAGUACAUCAACAACUUCAACAAGUACCACAUCAACAACUUCAACAAGCACCACAUCAACAAGUACUACAUCAACAACUUCAACAAGCACCACAUCAACAACUUCAACAAGUACCACAUCAACAACUUCAACAAGUACAACAACUUCAACAAGUACCACAUCAACAACUUCAACAAGCACCACUUCAACAACUUCAACAACCACAUCAACAACUUCAACAAGUACCACAUCAACAACUUCAACAAGUAACACACUUCAACAACCAACAUCAACAACUUCAACAAGUACACAUCAACACUUCAACACUACUACAACAACUUCAACAAGACUACCAACAAGUACUACAUCAACAACUUCAACAAGUACUACAUCAACAACUUCAACAAGUACUACAUCAACAACUUCAACAAGUACCAACACUUCAACACAUCAACAACUUCAACAAUUAUUGGUAAUACAAACUAACGUGAGCCUAGAAAUAUCUCCCAAGAGCUCAAUUGUGGUGAAUAAGAGCUCCCAGAUGCUUAAUUCUAGUAAUGUGAGCCUAGAAAUAUCUCCCAAGAGCUCAAUUGUGAUGCAUAAGAGUCCCCAGAUGCUUAAUUCUAGUAAUGUGAACCUAGAAAUAUCUCCCAAGAGCUCAAUUGUGGUGAAUAAGAGCUCCCAGAUGCUUAAUUCUAGUAAUGUGAGCACAGAAAUAUAA